GCCGACAGAUUGUUGGCUUGCGUGGUGUUGAUGGACAUGGCUGUUACGAAGCACUCGGAGAGGUUCAGGCCUGCUCCAGCCAGGUGGAAUGUGCUGAGAGGGACUGUGUAUGGGGUGAAUGGGCUGCCUGGAGCUACUGCUCGCGUUCCUGCGAUGGUGGCAUUCGGUCUCGAAAGCGGCACAUCCUCAAAGUUCCUUCGAAACACGGAAGGCAAUGUGAUGCUGAAAUCAAAGAGACCAUCGAGCCCUGCAACACCCACACGUGCAGUGCGCCAGACUGCACAGAUGGAUACUGGAGCCACUGGUCAGACUGGUCGCCAUGUUCCGUCUCCUGUGACAGAGGAACAACUUUCCGAACGCGACAAGUGGCCAAAUCUGCAAGUGAAUGCGGCGACUUCCCAGCGGGCUUGAGCACCGAAACACGAAUCUGUGAAGUUUCUACCGCUUGCGUUCCGAACCGUGACUGCGUUUUUGGACAAUGGAGCGCCUGGGGUCCUUGCAGCGAUCACUGCGAUGGUAUGCAAGAACGAGCUCGGUCCGUGAAACACUUUGGUUUGGGACAUGGCAGUUGGUGCACCGGUGCAACGAAAGAGCUGCGUCCGUGCAAUCCCAAGUUUGGCCACCAUCCGCCACCCGGCUGUCGAAAGGAUCAUCCUGUUGAUUGCGUCGUUGGCCAGUGGGCGCACUGGAGCAGGUGCACGGCAGUUUGUGAUGGAGGCGUGCAGAGGCGCACUCGCGUGGUUGUGCAACGCGCAUCUCACGGAGGGCGUGGGUGCUUGGCGGCCCUCUCGGAAGUCCACGAGUGCAAUCGCCACCUCUGCAGCGGUGGAAACUUGCCUGUCGAUUGUGAAGUUGGGCAAUGGCAAGAGUGGGGCUUGUGUAGCAAAUGUGAUGGAGAAAGAUCUCGCUUUCGGACAAUCCUGCGAUAUGCUUCCAAUGGGGGCAGGCCGUGUGACCACAUGGCUGUUCGCGAGGUGGGCAAAUGUCCCAGGUCCUGCAGCAGCAACUUGUACUGCACGUGGGCAGGCUGGCAGGACUGGGGCGACUGCAGCAAAACAUGUGGAAGAGGAGGCAAGCGGCGCCGCCGCAGAUACUUGCAUCUGUCGCAUGACGCUGGCGCAGAGCUCUUGCCUGGAGGUCCGGGUGCCCCUGGCCAAGGUGGAAUCCCACCAGGACCUGGGGUGUCGAAUGGAGGAUAUCCGACUCUUCAGGAGCAGCUAGAACCUACGACCACGAGACAAGCCGCCCCCGCCUUCGUGACCGUGCCGCCCAUGGUGCACCCGAAGGUCUCCCCGCUGGCGCCAGUGCCAGCUUUGCCUGGCUUGACGGUCCAUGCGAUCUCCGGGGAAUAUGAAGUCAUGGUCCAGAGAUCGCAGGAGCUGGAAUCGACUCACAUGAAGGAUCUUCUGCUCUCUUUCGUUGGUGGCUUUAUGAGCAUUAGCUUCCUGAUAGCCGCGUCCGGAAUGGCCCGACCCCGGCCGAGGCGGCCGGUCAGUGACGGGGCGAUGUCUGCUUAG